GAUGGCUUUGAAGUGGAAAUUGACAGAUUUUCUCUCAAAUAAAAGUCUAAAAGUCCUUUUUCAAACCAAAAUAUUGAGUCCAGAAACGAAUAAGAUAAUCAUAAGAUGUCUUUCUACAACUGAUGAACAAAAGAGAGAGUUCAACCCAAAGUGGCAUUUGACAAUCAGUAAAAAAAAAAGACAGCCUCCUCCUGUCACUGCUGAGAAUCAGUAUGAAAUGGUAGCCAAGUCAACCACACCACUCUAUGAUAUUCCCUAUGAAGAACAACUUAAGAUAAAGACCAAGUACAUGCAGUAUGUUUUAAAAACCCUAGCCAACCAACUUCUUCACAACCAUAAGGGUCUGAAGCUGCAGUCUCUUGUCGACCAUAUCGGAGACUGUGAUGGCUUGGCUGGACCACUGGAGGCAAUCAAACCAUCGCCUGUCAUCACUGGUUACCGCAAUAAGGACGAAAUGAGUAUUGGAGAAGACGUCAAUGGAAAUCUCGUAGCUGGUCAUCUGGUUGGAAAUUACAUGUUCAAAAGUGAAUCUCCAACAUGUGUUCAGAUAUGCAGACUCAUCAAUGUAAAAGACAGUCAUAAACUGAUAGCUAAGCUCUACAACAGAUUCCUAACGAAGACAAGAUUCCCAGUUUGUAAUCACUUUGGUGACGGAGGACACUGGCACUCGAUCAAGAUCAGGUCAAAUCUAGAGAAUGAGACAAUGUUCAUUGUACGCUUUCAUCCACAGAAGUUAUCAGAGGACCAGAUCGAACUUGCUAAAGAGGAGUUGAGGGAAUUUUUCAUCUCUGGUGAAGGGAGUGUGUGUAACCUGUCUUCACUAUAUUUUCAGACUUGUUGGAAGGUGAAAUGCACGAACACUGAAUCUCCAUACAUCCUUCUCCACGGCAAACCUUGUCUCCAGGAAACUCUACAUGGAUACAAAUUCCAGAUCUCGCCAGACUCAUUCUUUCAGACAAACACGCUUGGUGCCGAGGUUUUGUACAAUACUGUCCGAGACUAUUGUGAAUUGACUAAAGAAUCAGUGUUAUUUGACGUCUGCUGUGGAACUGGGACGAUUGGUAUUAUUUUGUCUCAGUUUGUAAAGAAGGUUGUCGGGGUAGAGAAGAUCCAGCAGGCAGUGGAUGACGCUGAGUGGAAUACAAGUUUCAAUAAUGUAAAAAAUGCUGAGUUUAUUUGUGCGCAAGCUGAGGGAUUCAUCAAGGUCUUGAUGUCUCGGGGGGAAGUGUCGGACAACGAUGAUUUGGUUGCUGUUCUUAACCCAGGGAGAGGGGGACUGAAAAAGAAACUAAUCAAGUGUAUAAGGGAGUUUCCUGCCAUUAGACGAGUCAUCUACGUCACUUGUAAACCUAAAGGGUUUUGUUUCAACAACUUCAAAUCUUUAUGUCAGCCUGAAGACAAAGAAUACAAGGGUCAACCAUUUUUGCUUAAGAAAGCCGUCCCAGUGGAUAUGUUCCCUCAAACAAAUCACUGUGAACUUGUCAUGCAGUUUGCUAGAUGAUGCUCGUGUCUUGCUUCUAAUUGUCUUUUGUCACGGCUGUUGAUGUCAAAAAGUCUUCCGAAUCCCAGACGCUGUUGAGAUCUUCACAGGAUCAACU